AGGCGAAUUAAUCAUGACGUCUUGUUCUUCCAUUGCGGUGGUUCACAAGGUAAUAGUUACAACAUGAUAGGAAAAGUUGUAUUGUUUAACAAUAUUUAGUCAAAGGUAAGACUUAACGGGCUGCUAUGACAGGCCGCCAAUGUUGAAACUGCCCGCAGUCUAAAAACUAUUCUGUAUAUUGUUCAUUAUUCCAAGAAGCGUUGAGUCUAGGAUUAAAAGUUGCAGCUAUAAACUCUAAAGUGCAUUAGAAUUAUAAACCACUGAUUGUUAAUAUCUUGAUUGUUGUCUACCUUUAUAGAGUAGAAUUGAACCUUAUAUUGACCGUAUGUUUCCUGGUAAUUCAGACUUCACUCUUCUUUUAAUUAUAAAAAAGGAAAUAACGGAUAUUAAGCACCUUUUUAAUUAGAUGACCAAAAUUAGGAUCAUAUCUUAAUAUUACGCGUGUAUACAAGCUCUAUUGUAAUAACCUGAAUCGUAGUUUACUCUAGCUUGACUGCUGCAUGAGGAUAGAAGUAAUUAACACAUAUCAACCAUACUUCUUCCCCAGAUUGGAACCAAUGUAAAAACUGAGAGCGAAGAAGAUAAGGCUUUGAAAGGUAAGGAUAUUUACAAUUGAAGUAGAAUAUGCUGAAGUAGUAACAACAACAACAAGCUUUAUCAUUUGAAGCAAAUUUUUCUUUCUUUUCAUUGGCCGAGAGCCCACCACGUGACCUACUAAUAACUGCCUACAAAUAAUGGUCUGCUCAUGUGCAAUGCCGUCCAACAGUGUUUGGCUGCAAAUGAUAUUCUGCUCAUGCGUAAAGGAAACCGUGCUUUUCUCCUUCUUGCGAUUGCUCUUGCGUGAAAAAUAGCAGAUCGCUUCGCUUCCCUAGGAUAUUCAUUAAAAAAACAAACUCGGUGAUCGAAUGAUAAAACAAUUAUUGCACUCGGUUAUCGCGGCUUCAGCAAAUAAUUGAUCUGCUCGCCACAGACAAAACACGAUAUUUUGGUCAAAAUCUCGUCCAAUAAUUGUUAAUUAUUUGCAUGACCAUACAAGUGCAUACAGUAUUGCCAAAGCGAUUUUAAGAGAAAAAAAAAACUAAUACUUUAUUACAGGACAAUUAAGACACUUUAUACUGUAACAAUUCGUUUGGAAAAUCAAAGCAAACUGAAAUAUAUUUCAUGAAUUGUUUAUUGAUAAAGCAAUUAUAUGAGUUCAUCAGUCCGUUAUGGGUAACUGGGUAACAGCUGGAAUCAGUCUUGAUUCAAGUGUAAACUUAUCCUAAUCGGGCAAAGAGUAUCUAAAACGACCAAAAAGAAAGUAAACUAAUUAACUGGGCUUACAUACACAAAGAGGGCAAUACCCAUUAACGCUAGUAGGGAAUGUAUCUACCAGGUUCUAUCAUUAGUUCCUCUCGUUAAGUCUAGGUAAUUAGGAGUGGUAUGAUCCUUUAAAAAGAUCUGUAAAAUUCUAGUUUUUGAGAAUGUUGGAGGUACUAUGCCAAAGUGAUAUAGACAAUGAAGUAAAACAGAAGACUACAUAAAUAUGCGCGAACAAUAACGCGAUUAUUGAAUUGCUAAGGUUUUGUCCCUUAGCAAGUACUGCACUGAAACGAAUGGUGGAUUUGCGCGCAUUUUCUCAUUUUUCCUCAGUGCUGGUCAUGUUUUUCAUGGGCAAAUCGUGUUAUUCCCUCGCUAACAAGCCUAUGAUCAUGAUUUACAUGUGAAAAACAAGAACGUUGGUAAUAACACAAGAUUUCCUCCAGCCUCGUUCCUAUUAAAUGGCCAGAUCAUUGAGACAACUGUAAAAUGAGACCCUGAAUGAAUAUGUAAAGUUCUAAUUAUUUUCGAUUUGAUUAAUUUUAGCCGCCGCAGAGUCCCACAGUAAGAACGGUAAUGAAGCAUUCAGUAACAAAGAUUACAAAAAUGCCAUCCACUUUUAUACUGAGGGAAUUAAGGAGAGAUGCAGAGAUGCCGGCCUCCAGGCUCAACUGUAUACCAACCGAGCAGCUGCAAACUUUAAUCUAGGUAAGGCUUUUGUUAUUUUACCAAAAGAGUGUUGCUUUUCAUCUUCGAGUGUUGUGUUCUUUAAAGAGCCAGAAAGAGCCAAUCAAGCCGCACGCACUAACGUUAACAAGAUCCCAAUAAUUGGGGUAGAUUGGGCUGCUGCUCCGUCGAACAGAAGCAUAUUCACCUGGAUAGUUAAAAGAGCUUUAAAUGAAAUAUCAAACAAAAGUUAAAGUUAAUUUGCUUUACAAGUUUCAAGAAACUGCUAUAUAACAGUAUUUCAAACACCAAAAGUUGACCUUGUCAUCGUAGAACAAUAUUAAUUUUCGGGCACUGUUAUGUUAUAUUUUUUGGGAAGAAGUGUAUUUGUGGAAAUCUCCCAGUUUAAAUAAUACCUAUAUUUUUUUUAUAUAUAUAUUUCUGUUCACAUUGGUGGAACUGAUGCUGUCCAUUUUUUCUUGUUUCUAUCUGAAAUGACCACCCCCUCCCCUCAAAAGUCAAAUUAAAUGUAGGACUAUUACCUUCACGCCAGAAUAUUGUUUUCGGUAUAACUCUGUUUGAAGUUGUGAAUACAUAAAAAUCAUAUAGCUAUAAGUCUGUUGGUAAGUAUUUUUUUAAAUGACCUACCCUUUUUGCUGCAUAGAAGAGGCCGCUCAUUUUUAGAUCGGUCUUUGCCACAGGGAGCGUAAUAAUUAGUUUGUGUUUUUAUGGCUUUCUCGCGUGCCCUGAUCUUUUAUCUGAUUGAUCAUAUACUCCAUUAACAUUCCUUUUGAUGCGCUUAGUGACUUGUUUCUCCAACGUCAAAACCUUGAAUCAGUAUGUACAUUCUUCAUUCUGUUCCUCGUUCAUUUGAUCGAGUACUAAUGAGGAGAACUUUACCAUCAAGACUUCGUGAUCAUUUUCUUUAUUCUAAUGAUAAUUACGUUUGAUUGCGCAGCAAUUCUAUUGGAGAAAAAAGAUGGAAAUUACUCUGUCACGCAAUAUAGAACCCAAAUUCAAGAUUCAGGAAUAGACCAACAAAUCAAGUGAAAGAUAACUAACCGCUAAAAGCUGAGGGGAUAAAUAACACAGGAAAAACACAAUAAGUCACGGGGUGUUACUUCUGAAAGAUGUUAGGCUGAAAUUGAGUGUGAUAUGUCCAGGCCAGGCCUUUAGAUUUAUGCUGGCGAAACAAGGUUUUUCGUAACUUAAAGAAGAAAUGUAUUUUUUUUCAAUCGUUCAGCUUCAUGGAGAGUAAUUGGUAAAACUAUACUGCCAUGACACAGUCGCCAAAAGGUUGUUUUAGUGAGUUUCGUUGGUAUUUACUGACUCUUUGAUCACUUUUGUCUUGGUUGCCUGCUUUGCCAAUUUGUAUUUGUAAUGGCCUUUUCUUACCUAUCUCGUUGGUUUAAGUUAUGGCUGACUUUUGGCAUCCUUUAUUUUUUCACAGGAAAUUUCAUCGACGCACUGAACGAUGCAAAGAUGGCCAUUGACAAGCGACCAUUGUCACUGUCAGCAAUAUUGGCAGGUAAUUUAUGCCCUAGCGAUGAGGGGAAUAUUGGGUCUUGUGUUGAAAAACCGCAAAACGAAAACGCAAUGAAAACCAGUGAAACCGAAAACUACGGCAUUUAAUUGGGUAGAAGAUGGAAAAUUUAAAAGUUAUAUUCUUGUUUCAAAAGAACAGACGAAAGUGUUUGUGAAGCUUAUCCAAACUUUUAGGAGAUUAUUUUCGAAUAAGCCAGCUAAGCAAAACCGAGAACGAAAAUCACUUACGAGAAUAAAAUAGACCAUUAUUUAUCAAAAAAGUACGUCAAAAAUAAGGCCAAUGAAUGGUAGACUCAAAGCGGAAAGAAUACAUAUUUCAAGAGCUUUGACGGAGAAUAUUGUUAGGGGGGAAGGGGACUUAAAAGGUUUCAUAACCUCAUUUUAGACCGCAAGUGUUCAACGCUCAUUUAGGAACAGCAGAGGUAAAGUAAAUCCUUAACGAAUGAAAAAAGAAGCAAUUACAUCGUAUGAAUGCAAAGAAAUAAUCUUGUAUCUUGUAAGGCCCGGGCCAAACGUCGUACUUAUGUCGCACCAAACUCAUUUCACAAUAAAUAGCACUAGACAUACUCUGUCGGGUUGGAGUUGUGUAGGAUAAAUUCAGGAGUUUUGUUUCAAAAGUCGUGCUUGACUUCUUUAUAAUUCAUGGAUAAUUCUUGUAAUGUAUUCGCCAUCAGCCAUCAUCAGUGAUCAUGUUUUUUUUUAUCUGGGAUCUUCUGAUCUUAACCGAACGAAUUUCCUUCGACGUUUGAAUCAACUAUCAAGUUCCACCUGAAUUCUUCUCUUGAGUCUCAGUGAAUGAUAUACGGAAGUCAGGGCUUUUUUUACAAUUUUAUUAAGUUGAAUUUAUGUUAACACAAUUUCAGGAGCGAGUGCCUCUGCUAAGUUAUGCCAGUUUGAACAAGCGAUUGCGUGGUGCAAUGCAGGAAUAGAAGUAUCCUUUUGUGUUUCAUCUGUGUGGUUCCAAGAUAAUUCGUUUUAUUUAUUUACUAUGGGCAUAACUCUUUUGUUUUAGGUUGCACAACUAAAGUGCGUAGACAUUGCCCCACUCUUUCUUGAACACACUUCACAAUAAAAUCAUGACUCACAAGAAUUCCUUUAACAGAUGAAACUAUAGUGAUGAGAAGCUUUCAGUGAAUUUUUCCUUCAAUUAUUUGAUAACGUACCUCUAUAUCUUUUCUAUAAACGCUUAGUAAGAAAUAAUUUAAGAUUUUAAUCUUUGAAUUUGUACUUAUCUCUCGAUAUUCAGUAGACAAGUGUUAGUAUUUUGCUUAUAUUACCCCAGUUAAGUUUUUGUUCUGUGUCGUGUUAACAUUUUCCCCUGUCAUCACUAUUCAACAAUCAUUGUUUGGCGUUAGACGCUUCGGAUUCGUUUAACAACUUUUUAUUCUUUGUUAGUUACACAGUCUUUAAGUUUGGCAAUUGUUAUUGUAAUGACAAUUUGUGAAGUUACAAGUAGAGAUACAUACGAAAUAGUGGUAGGUUGUUUGGUUUGUCGACUCCGUCGCUGCUGGUUUUCAUGUGAAGUCAUCAAACUUUAAACUAAAGAAACUAUCAAUCUUUCCGAGUUUCUGUUUUUGUGAAGUAUUAGAGCCUCUCAAAACUAAUAUUCGUUCAAAUUUUCUCUUCGAAAGUUUUCCUCGUUUUUUGAUAGAAUAUGCCUGAAUUUUCACGCUUAUUCAAGUCAUUGUACCAGAAAAAGUAUUACUACAAUGUUAAUGAGUUCCUCGAGAGAUGAAUUCACGUAAAACUCAGUGACAGAUGUUUCUGUUGGUUUUUUGUCGACAUAUUAGUGCCCACCCAUACAAAGCUUUUUUCUAGUUCUCGGUUUUCACAUAAGAUCACCAAGACAAUCCUCCUAAGUUUUAGUUUCAUGAAGUUUUACAAACUUUCACUUAAUUGAAUUCACUCUUUCGUAGCAAAACUCGGUAACUGAUGUUUCUGUCGGUUUUCGGCCGCCUUGUUGGUGACCCUCUUAGUGGCACCAACAUGGCGACUCCAAAAAAACCUUAUUAAAUUUAGGUAAAACAUUUCUCCGGAUAUUUCACGUAUGAAAAAUUUUACCGGACAGAAUUUCGGCGAGGAUCUUUGUAUAUUUACCUUCUUUCAUUUCCCAGAUUCUGGAAAUUGCCUGUUCAACGAUUUUUUUUAUGGCGUUGCAAUGAAAACGUAACAGCAGACCUCAGUUUUUCAGCCCAGUAAAGUUCUUUAUUUGAACGCAACUGCAACCGGCCACUGGUCGGCACCAGGCCCUGAAGAAGACAAACUUAAGGAGGUUAAAACCGAUCAAAUAACAGAUCUUGAGACUAAUAAAAGACAAACCCUAUCAUAAAGAACCACCAUGAAAAGUGGCAGGGGUAUUUUGCUGGACUCCGAAAGCCAAAUGACUCUGAGUUUAAUGAUCAGGGUUACGAAACUGAGUGACUCAGGUUCCAUUUAGGGUCAUUAUACUAGGAAAAUUGAUCUGAAACUUGAUUCACCCAGAUUCCUUACCUUAAUCACUAUACUUCAGAGUCAUUUGGCGUUCAGCAAAAUACCCCUGCCAGACGAAAAACGUCUUAAUUACAAUUUCAAACUAAAUUUACACCUUAACAGUUUCAAAAGAUUGACAAGGAGAACGCAAAGUUGCUAGAACUUGGUAAAUUGGUGGCAGAAUUCGCAGAAGGGGAAAACAACGUGCCAGGAACUACAGCCACAGGCAACGAGGUAUUCAGCUCUUUUUUUUUCUUUAAACAAUCGAAAACCUCUAGCAUGGUUGCCACUGGUCAGAAAAUGGUCGGGGAAAAAAUUCUUCAAGGUCAGGGAAAAGUCAGGAAAUUGCGCUUCAAGUCAGGGAAAAUUUAAGUCUUUAUAAGAAGUCAGAAAGAGUGGAGUUUUAAAACUACGUAAUUCCUUUCCCUCACUGUUAUUGUUUUCUCACGUUAAAAAUUCUUUGUUUCAUGUUACGGACAUGAAUUUUGUUACAUUGGUAGAAUAUUUUUCGGAAAAAUUGAACAAUAAGCUGAUAGUUAGUUUUUGAGAAAAUCAAUCCUGUUUGCCACUUUAUACUAAGGAAUUCUCAAUUCAUAUAAACUGUUUGUGACUUGCUUAAAGCAUAAAUUAAUUUGGUUCAAAGGAUGACUGUGAGAGGUGGGUUUCCUCCGUUUUCAACAAUAAUUUUCUAAAAAUGUUAAUUCAGUUGGUCAGGGAAUUUUAGAAACCUCGGGCUCUGGUAACCAUGCAGGCUGGUUAUUCAUAAGUUGAACCUACUUAUUAGUUAACGUAAUAAAUAUUCAAUGCAUUAUGUUAAUUCGAAAUUAAGUAAUGUUAGUUAUAACACGAACAGCAGUGUUUUAUCACCAUAAAAAUUCGAGUGCCUGAAUAUUUACAGCGUUGUAUCGCGUUGCGCGUUUUGCAGACUUCGAAGGGAUUUUGGGUUUUUCUGUUCCGUCAAUCAUUUAGUGAAGGCGGGGUUAAUGCAAAUCACAAUGUAACGCGCUCGCCCAGUUUGGCUGAGAAUGACUCUUGACUGCUCAAGAAUAGCGAAGGAAAUCGCGAUGGUGAUGUGGAUUGUUUGUCGAAGGAAGGAGGCGGACGUUGCUUUAUUCUUUCAAGUGGCAAGAAUGAGAAAGAUCAUAAAAAUCUGCAAAGCAAACUUAACUAGUCGAUUAUUGCCCUAAACAGGACGAUCACAAAGCAACGAACCUUGAAACACGAAACAAACAAAACGGAUCGAAAUCCACCAAUCACGAAUCACAAACCAUGAUCUUUUGAACUCGUGCAAGUAUAUAGGUGUUUCCUAAGAGGUCCGCUAAGAUGACUGAUAGAACAGGAAAACCCAAAAUAUUGCUAAACCCACAGCGCGAUACAACGAAUUUCGCUAUAACAAGGGAUAAAACACGUGCUGUGCGUGUUUUGAAUAGCUUCAAAAACGUCCUCAGAGUAUUCAUUUAAAUAGGUUUGCCAAACAAUUUAUUGUUCAUUGAAAAAUGCAGGGAAAAAGCAGCCAAAUAUAAAAAUGUUAUGAUCAAACAAAGUUUUCGAAUACAUCGUGCAGCUGUAAAGUACACAGUUUUAAGCGUCUUCUUGCCUACAUGAUAAGGCUAUCCAGAUGUCAGAAAUUUUCACGGUUAAUAAACGCUCAUGAGGGAAAAUUACUCUAGGAGAGUGUCGCCUUUCAGUAUAUUUAAUUUAAGUGUUUUGCUCUACCCGCCUAGAUUGGUCCUGCUAUUUAACAAUUAUUCCACCAGUGCGCGUUGGAUAUAAGACGAGGCGCUGCGCGCCUCGUUGGCUAUAAUCAUCUCAUAUCUAACAACCACGAGUGGAAUAAUUGUUUUAUUCAAAACGCUCACAAAGUAUCGAGAAUUCGACCCGACUUCCAACAACCGAUUUCCAGCUUUUUUUCAAUUUUGGGCAGACGCGUACAGUUACCGUAUUUGGAGAGCAUGCUAUAAUGGCUUAUAUACCUUCAUGGCUAAGCCAGUCAGAACUCUAGAAUUGCAUUAUCCAAUGUUUCAGUUUUUGAUAAUUGUGGUAAGAGCAGUUUUGAAAUUUUCUUUUCAAGAUACUGAACUAAACUCUUUCAACUGCAACACGACAUAAUGGUCAGUAAUAAUACUUUGCACCUCGUUCUAGAAUAAGUUGUGACCGGUCGACGGUUAUUUGUUGUUGUUGUUGUUUUUUUUGUUCGUCUUCAGGAUAUAUUUUCUUACUUUGUUUUCCUUUCCUUAAUUUGCCAAUUAUAGCAGGACCGAUUUACAUUAAAGUUCAUGCAUACAAAUUGUUACUCUAUAUAAAAUGUUCAUCCUAAUUAGCAUUCCAUUGUUUCAGCCAUUCAAUCCAGGUUUUAUUAUUGAUUGAAUUCGUGAAUUCAGUUAGACAAUGUGCCUACUGAAUAUUAAUGAGUUUUCGAAGAGCUCUUUACAAAUCUCCCCGGCAAGAUUCAGGAAACCUUUAUACAGUUUAAACUCCAAAUACGAUCACCUCCCAUAAGCAACCAACAAUUCAUCCACUAACAUAUUCCCUGUAAAUUCUAAGUUCGUAUAGUUGGAACCUCUAGUAAACAACCACCUCUCUUCAGCGACCGUGUUCACGAAACCCGCUUGCCAUUCAAUAAACUCGCUAAGAUGGACGCCCUUUUCGAAAAACCUGUUGACUGGUAGUAGCCUAAAAUCCAUAACCAUCGAAUAGCCGUAUCGAAUUGUCUUUUGCUGCGUUCAAUUGCGUAUUAAUGGUACCAAUUGUUUUUCCUGUCGGAUAGGAUUUAAACAACUUGCUGUCCGAGUUGGAAUUGAGUGAAGCUAAAGAAGCAGGUGACGGGGAUGGAUCUAAAGGAAGUGCGUAUGACCACCUUGGCAGUCUGUACCGCUCUCUCGGUGAUUUCCAAAAAGGGAUCGAGUUCCAUCAGCAAGCUCUUAAAAUUGCAAAAGAGACUGAAGACAAACGCGUGCAAAGAAGAGCGCUUGAAAACCUUGGUCUCGCCUAUCGCGCCCUAGGCCUAUUUCGAAAGGCAGUCAUGUUCCAUCAGCAAGCUCUCGUUGCCGCCAAAGGGAUUGGAAACAGAGAUUCCGUAGCAAGAGAGUAUAACAACCUUGGUGUCGCCUAUGUCCUUCUUGGUGAUUUCAAAAAGGCAAUCGACGCCCACAAGAAUGCUCUUAGAGUUGCAAGAGAGAUUGGAAACAAGCAUUUAGAAGAACUGAUAUUGAUGAACCUUGGGAUUGAUUUCUACUCAUCCCGCGAUUUCACCAAGGGAGAGGAGUACUUAAAAUCCACUCCAAAAUUGUUCGAGAAGAUAAAGGAUGCUAUUCGACUGGACGACGAAUGGGACGACGACAUUCAGGCUAAAUACAAUAAAGCUGAUAGAUUCCUGUGGAGGUUUUAUCUACGACAAGGCAAGACCAUGGAGACGUUGUUAACAGCCGACAGGGAACGAACUCAAGCCCUGACGAAGCACAUGGCAGGACGAUAUUGUCUGGAUUUAAUUCGAUUACCGGAAGAAAAGCACAUCGAAGGAAUCUCUAGGUUGUUUACCCGCACUUCAACUACUACAAUAUAUCUCACAGAAGCCGCCGAAUCUCUGAAUUUCUGGGUACUCCGGAAGGGCCAGCAAUGUUUGUUUUUACAAAAGAAGCUUAGUCAGACCCUGCUAUAUCUGACCGAUAGAGCAUACGAGCAGCUUGCUUUCACUAAAAAGCCACCUAUCGAGGACCGCUCCAUGGAUGGGCCUGAAGAAGACGAAGACCUCGAACAGUUAUACUCUAUAGAUCUCAAAUGGAAACAAGUCCCCCAAGAUGCUCUAAAGGCAUUGUAUGACGCGGUCAUUGCUCCGAUUUCACAUUUGAUAGAGGGAGAGGAGGUUGUCAUUGUUGGCGAUCGUUUAUCUCUCUUGAUUCCUUAUGCUGUCCUUGAAGACCAACAUUCCAGAUAUUUGUCUAAAACACUGAGGGUUCGACUGGCUCCAUCACUGACCAGCUUGAGGCGGCCGGCAUAUCCAGAAGGGGACCGUGGACUGUCUAGUAUACUGCUUGUUGGUGACCCAUCAGUAAAAAACCUAUACUUCAAAGACAGAAGUUUUAACCAGCUUGCAGGUGCUGAGAAAGAAGUUAACGCCAUUGGAAGGCUCCUGAACGUCGAACCGCUCACUGGAAAGAACGCCACCAAAGAUCGAGUGUUGAGCAGGCUUCAGUCUGCAUCCUUGGUACACUUUGCUACUCACAGCCGUAAAGGAAACGGUGAAAUUUUCUUGACCCCAAAUCCUGCAAAAUUCAAACCGUUUUUGCAGACCUUUCUUUUGUCGACAGAAGAUGUGCUGAGAGUACGAUUGCAAGCGAAGCUUGUCGUCUUGAGCUACAGCAACAGUGCAAGAGGGAUGAGAACAAACGACCAAUGCGUGCUUGGUAUCGCACACGCCUUUUUAGCAGCCGGUGCACGUUGUGUUAUUGGGUCACUGUGGCCUAUUAACGACACUGUCACCGUGCAGUUAAUGACGCAGUUCUACGAAAACCUGGUAGAUGGUCAAAGUGCAAGCCAGGCCCUCAAUAACGCCACGGCGAAGAUACGUGAGACGAACGACUACAGUGCCCCGAGAUUCUGGGCCCCGUUCGUGGUGAUGGGCGAUGACGUGACAUUGAGUUUUGCUUAGUGAAGGUGAGGAUACCACUUAAAUAUAAAGUAGAUUCUCUCCUGCUUAAAAUAUUCAAUUUACAAACCUUGAUCUCAAGAUUUGAAUGAAAACUAAAAUUUUUGAUGAUUAGAGACAAUAGAUACGAAAACUACUUAUUGUAGACAUCGGCGCUUGAGGUUUUGUUUCUCAUGGUCGAAAUCAAUAACCUGGUAGCCUGUGCAACCAAAAAUUAUUUUUUUUCCUUCAAUAACCUCAUAGGUUAACGGGCAUUUCCCCAGUUCAUAAACCACUCGGAUUCACCUCUUGUUUUUAAGUUAAUAUUUUAAGUUAAUAUGGCACCUCUACUCGUCUAUUAAAAAUUACUUAGUAAACGUUUUCUUUAUUUUCUUUCAGGAAUGUGGCAGCCAAGUAAAAUGUAUUAUUUUAGUUUUUAACAAAUGGUUUGUGCCUAAAGAAAGGAGAUUAAAAUGGCGCGAUAGCAACGAAAGAGAGAACGGCAGAAAAAUAAAGCCUUUCUAGAACUACGUUUUUUUAAGGUAAUUUGUCUGCCGCUGUCUGCAAACAAUCAAAGACGUGGCGGUUAAUUCUGCUUUCUCUUUAAUAUCUUCAAGUUUUUUUCCUCAAAACCCCACCAACGAAGAAGGCACUGCUUGAAUAAAUUGGAACGAUUCUAAAACGAUUAAAAAGAAGUUGAGUUUUUUUUUCUCUGUUGUCGUCAUCAUCUUAUCUUAAUCUCCUUACAAAUUUGUUUCUAAUUUUCUUAUUGAAAAAAGGCGUCGUGAAUUCGUUUC